GAGCAGGCCACGAAAGGCCAGGAGCAGGCCACGAAAGGCCAGGAGCAGGCCACGAAAGGCCAGGAGCAGGCCACGAAAGGCCAGGAGCAGGCCACGAAAGGCCAGGAGCAGGCCACGAAAGGCCAGGAGCAGGCCACGAAAGGCCAGGAGCAGGCCACGAAAGGCCAGGAGCAGGCCACGAAAGGCCAGGAGCAGGCCACGAAAGGCCAGGAGCAGGCCACGAAAGGCCAGGAGCAGGCCACGAAAGGCCAGGAGCAGGCCACGAAAGGCCAGGAGCAGGCCACGAAAGGCCAGGAGCAGGCCACGAAAGGCCAGGAGAAGGCCACGAAAGGCCAGGAGCAGGCCACGAAAGGCCAGGAGCAGGCCACGAAAGGCCAGGAGCAGGCCACGAAAGGCCAGGAGCAGGCCACGAAAGGCCAGGAGCAGGCCGCGAAAGGCCAGGAGCAGGCCACGAAAGGCCAGGAGCAGGCCACGAAAGGCCAGGAGCAGGCCACGAAAGGCCAGGAGCAGGCCACGAAAGGCCAGGAUCAGGCCACGAAAGGCCAGGAGCAGGCCACGAAAGGCCAGGAGCAGGCCACGAAAGGCCAGGAGCAGGCCACGAAAGACCAGGAGCAGGCCACGAAAGGCCAGGAGCAGGCCACGAAAGGCCAGGAGCAGGCCACGAAAGGCCAAAAGCAGGCCACGAAAGGUCAAGAGCAGGCCACGAAAGGCCAGGAGCAGGCCACGAAAGGCCAGGAGCAGGCCACGAAAGGCCAGGAGCAGGCCACGAAAGGCCAGGAGCAGGCCACGAAAGGCCAGGAGCAGGCCACGAAAGGCCAGGAGCAGGCCACGAAAGGCCAGGAGCAGGCCACGAAAGGCCAGGAGCAGGCCACGAAAGGCCAGGAGCAGGCCACGAAAGGCCAGGAGCAGGCCACGAAAGGCCAGGAGCAGGCCACGAAAGGCCAGGAGCAGGCCACGAAAGGUCAGGAGCAGGCCACGAAAGACCAGGAGCAGGCCACGAAAGGCCAGGAGCAGGCCACGAAAGGCCAGGAGCAGGCCACGAAAGGCCAGGAGCAGGCCACGAAAGGCCAAGAGCAGGCCACGAAAGGCCAGGAGCAGGCCACGAAAGGCCAGGAGCAGGCCACGAAAGGCCAGGACCAGGCCACGAAGGCCACGAAAGGCCAGGAGCAGGCCACGAAAGGCCAGGAGCAGGCCACGAAAGGCCAGGAGCAGGCCACGAAAGGCGGGAAGGCUUAUCCUCAACCGGUAUGGGGUUCCAAGGUGUGGGAGCUCAAGCCGAAGAAGACAGAGGUGUGUGGUCUCAGCGACAAGGCUGAGAGGGCUUAUCCGGUGGCAGGGUGGCACGAAUUCUCAGGGAAGGUAGUGGCAGAAAUCAAUGGGGUGCGUAUCCUCAAGAAGAAAAAGGCCGGGAGCGGGAACGAAGCCGUGCAGGCUCGCCUGCAUGGUGUCCCAGGUGCGUGGUCUCAGUCGAAGAAGGCGGAGGCAGGGACGAGGCCGGCGCAAUAUGGGGUUCCAGGCGCGUGGUCUCAGACCGAAGAAGGCGGAGGCGGGGACGAGGUACGCGAUCUCGGCCCGAAGAAGGUGAAGGUGGGGUGCUUGAAGCCAGAAGAAGGCGGGCUUCAAGAGGAGGCGACAACAAGCUCGAAGGACUUACUCUCAGAAUACGUUCUCGGCGCGUGGUCUCAACCUGAAGAAGACAGAGGCGGCGACAAGGUGCGCGGUCUCAACUUGAAGAGGAUGGAGGCGGGAACCAGGCCGGAGCACUUAUCCUCAACCAAUAUCGGGUCCGAGGUGCGUGGUCUCAACUCGAACAGGAAGCUCAAGCUGAAGAAGACAGAGGUGUGGAAGUUCAAGCUGAAGAAGACACAGGCGUGGAAGCUCAAGCUGAAGAAGGGCAAGGACAAGGUGCGUAUCCUCAAGAAGAAGAAGGCCGGGAGCGGGAACGAAGCCGUGCAGGCUCGCCUGCAUGGUGUCCCAGGUGCGUGGUCUCAGUCGAAGAAGGCGGAGGCAGGGACGAGGUGCGUGCUCUCGCGGACCAGGCCGGCGCAAUACAGGAUUCCAGGCGCGUGGUCUCAGCCCGAAGAAGGCGGAGGCGGGGACGAGGCGGGGACGAGGCCGGAGCGCUUAUCCUCGACCAACGUGGAGUCCCAGGUACGCGCUCUCGGCCCGAAGAAGGUGAAGGUGGGGUGCUUGAAGCCAGAAGAAGGCGAGCUUCAAGAGGAGGCGACAACAGGCUCGAAGGACUUACUCUCAGAAUACGUUCUCGGCGCGUGGUCUCAACCUGAAGAAGACGGAGGCGGCGACAAGGUGCGCGGUCUCAACUUGAAGAGGAUGGAGGCGGGAACCAGGCCGGAGCACUUCUCCUCAACCAAUAUCGGGUCCGAGGUGCGUGGUCUCAACUCGAACAGGUGCAUGGUUUCAUCUUGGAGAAAAGAGAAAGGCAAGGACAAGGCCGGGGUUCGAAGUGCGUGGCCCCAGGAAGCUCAAGCUGAAGAAGACAGAGGUAAGAACGAGGUGUGGAAGUUCAAGCUGAAGAAGACACAGGCGUGGAAGCUCAAGCUGAAGAAGGGCAAGGACAAGGUGUGGAAGCUCAAGCCGAAGAAGACAGAGGCAAGGACAAUCCAAGGUAUGGAAGCUUGUGCGAAAGCGGAGGCGGGGACGAGGCCGGAGCGCUUAUCCUCGACCAACGUGGAGUCCCAGGUACGCGAUCUCGGCCCGAAGAAGGUGAAGGUGGGGUGCUUGAAGCCAGAAGAAGGCGAGCUUCAAGAGGAGGCGACAACAGGCUCGAAGGACUUACUCUCAGAAUACGUUCUCGGCGCGUGGUCUCAACCUGAAGAAGACGGCGGCGGCGACAAGGCCGGAGUGCCUAUCCUCAAUCAAUAUGGGGUCCCAGGUGCGCAGUCUCAACUUGAAGAGGAUGGAGGCGGGAACCAGGACGGAGGCGAGGAGAGGCCGGAGUGCCUAUCCUCAACCAAGAUAGGCAAGGACAAGGCCGGGGUUCGAAGUGCGUGGCCCCAGGAAGCUCAAGCUGAAGAAGACAGAGGCAAGAACGAGGUGUGGAAGUUCAAGCUGAAGAAGACACAGGCGUGGAAGCUCAAGCUGAAGAAGGGCAAGGACAAGGCCGGGCGGGUGUAUCAUCAACCAAUAUGGGUUUCCAAGACGUGGGGUCUCAAGCUGCAGAAGCGCAACGACAAGGUGCGUAUCCUCAAGAAGAAAAAGGCCGGGAGCGGGAACGAAGCCGUGCAGGCUCGCCUGCAUGGUGUCCCAGGUGCGUGGGCUCAGUCGAAGAAGGCGGAGGCAGGGACGAGGCCGGCGCAAUAUGGGGUUCCAGGCGCGUGGUCUCAGCCCGAAGAAGGCGGAGGCGGGGAGCUGGGGUGCGAAAGCGGAGGCGGGGACGAGGCCGGAGCGCUUAUCCUCAACCAAUAUGGGGUAGGCGAUCUCGGCCCGAAGAAGGUGAAGGUGGGGUGCUUGAAGCCAGAAGAAGGCGAGCUUCAAGAGGAGGCGACAACAGGCUCGAAGGACUUACUCUCAGAAUACGUUCUCGGCGCGUGGUCUCAACCUGAAGAAGACGGAGGCGGCGACAAGGCCGGAUCGCCUAUCCUCAACUGUCAUGGGUUCCCAGGUCCGUGGUCUGGAGAGAACAGAAGCCGAGACCAGGCCGGAGUGCCUAUCCUCAAGCAAUAUGGGGUCCCAGGUGCGCGGUCUCAACUUGAAGAGGAUGGAGGCGGGAACCAGGCCGGAGCACUUGUCCUCAACCAAUAUCGGGUCCGAGGUGCGUGGUCUCAACUCGCACAGGACGGAGGCGAGGAGAGGCCGGAGUACCUAUGCAAGGACAAGGCUGGGAGGGCCCAUCCUCAACCAACAUGGGGUUCCGAGGUGCGGAAGUUCAAGCUGAAGAAGACACAGGUGUGGAAGUUCAAGCUGAAGAAGACAGAGGCGUGGAAGCUCAAGCUGAAGAAGGGCAAGGACAAGGCGUGGAAGCUCAAGCUGAAGAAGAAUAUCCUCAACCAAUAUGGGUUUCCGAGGCGUGGCGUAGAAGCUCAAGCUGAAGAAGACAGAGGCAAGGACAAGGCGUGGAAGCUCAAGCUGAAGAAGGGCAAGAACAAGGCGUGGAAGCUCAAGCUGAAGGAGACGGAGGCGUGGAAGCUCAAGCUGAAGAAGGGCAAGAACAAGGUGUGGAAGCUCGAGCCGAAGAAGACAGAGGCAAGGACCAGACCGGGCGUGAAGCUCAAGCGGAAGAAGACAGAGGCGUGGACGCUCAAGCGGAAGAAGACAGAGGCAAGGAGGAGGCCGGGCGUGGACGCUCAAGCCGAAGAAGACGGGGGCAAGGACCAGGCGUGGAAGCUCAAGCGGAAGAAGACGGAGGCAAGGACGAGGCGAACACUGAAGGAGACGGAGUCGCCGAAGGCGAGCCAUGGAGAGUGCAAGGAAUAUGCCCGAUACUUGGGCAUCGACCCCGGAUACGAGGGAGAAGAGACACACAACGCGAUGUUGUGCCCGAGCCUCGGCCCCGCCGCCGCGACAGAGCCGGGAAACCGGCGAAGAGGUGCAGCCGCCACACUUAUCCUCAACCAGAAUGGGGGCCAGGGGGAAGAGGGCGCAGCGCCGGCGCGAAGAGGUGCAGCCGCCACGCUUAUCCUCAACCAGAAUGACGCUUAUCCGGUGCCAGGCGAAGAGGUGCAGCC